GGGAGAUGUAGUUUCCGCGCGGCGGGCGCUGCAGAGCCCGCUCGUCACCUGGCAACGGCCUCCGGGGCGGGGCCGGAAGCGGCGGCGGCGGGGCCGAAUUCGGCGGCGCCACGUCUGGCUCGGGGCCUGCCCCCGGCUCCUUCCUCCCUCCUCCACCGACUCCGGGCGCCGUGCGAGCUGCGGCCCGGCCCCGCCGCUCCCCGCCCGUCCCUUCGCUCAGCGGCCGGAUCCUUCAGCGAGGCCUCGGCCUCGGCGGCGCCAUGUCGGACUUAGGGGACUGGUUCCGGAGCAUCCCGCUGAUCACCCGCUACUGGUUCGCCGGCUCCAUCGCGGUGCCGCUGGUCGGCAAGCUGGGCCUCGUCAGCCCCGUCUACCUCUUCCUGUGGCCCGACGCGUUCAUCAACCGCUUCCAGAUCUGGCGGCCGAUAACGGCGACUUUCUUCUUCCCAGUGGGACCCGGAACAGGUUUUCUCUACUUGGUGAAUUUGUAUUUCCUGUACCAAUAUUCAUCACGAUUAGAAACAGGGGCUUUUGAUGGAAGGCCAGCAGAUUACAUGUUCAUGCUCUUGUUCAACUGGAUCUGCAUUGUUAUAACUGGCUUGGCCAUGGACAUGCAGUUGCUGAUGAUUCCACUCAUCAUGUCAGUACUUUACGUGUGGGCCCAGCUGAACAGAGACAUGAUUGUAUCUUUUUGGUUUGGAACAAGAUUUAAGGCCUGUUACCUUCCAUGGGUUAUCCUGGGAUUCAACUACAUCAUUGGUGGAUCAGUCAUCAAUGAGCUGAUAGGAAAUCUGGUUGGACACCUCUAUUUCUUCCUAAUGUUCAAAUACCCAAUGGAUUUGGGAGGAAGGAAUUUUCUGUCCACACCUCAGUUCUUGUACCGCUGGCUGCCAAACAGGAGAGGAGGAGUGUCGGGCUUUGGCGUCCCACCUGCUAGCAUGAGAAGAGCUGCGGAAGAUCAGCAGGGUGGUGGAAGACACAACUGGGGCCAAGGUUUCCGGCUAGGUGACCAGUGAAAAACAUCUGCCCUUGGAAAACAGCAACUCUUUGUUUUUAAUUGCUUCUAGGACUGAUCCUUCCUGGUGCAGAGCUUGCUAAAGAACUGAGCUCUCCGUAGUGCUGUUGGAUGUAACUGAUUUGGAAGAAUUUUUCUGGUGCAAGAGAAAAUUAUGAAGUUCACAAGGGAAAAAUGUAGAUCUUACUCCAGGUUGUCCAGUAGUGUCCGAUUUGAUUCUGCCGUUAAAAAUAAGCUGCCUUUGUACAGUAUUGUCUGUCUGUCACAACAGGCAUCCAUUUUGCCAUCUCGUUCCGUGAUGCGAUGGAACAAGCUAACGAUGUUCUGUCUCACCUGGUACACUAAAAGCUUCAGCCGUAGUAAAGUAAGAAUCCAGUGUAUGGCAGUCGGAUCAAACUAACCCCAAUGUUUAGGAGGCUGACUUUUUUCAUAGCUGUGGUUAAGUCCCAGGGUCUUUGGAAACAUUACUUAAGCGAUAUUUCUGUGCUGUGUUCAUAAAGUGAAGUGCAAAUGUUUUAUUUCCAUUAUUAAGCUAUAUUUCCAGAGCAAUUUUUUUUUGCUAUGCGUCAUUUGUCCAACCUGCUACAGCACGGGAUGGGCAAGACUAAGGAAAAGAGGGCUUUCGUUUGAAAUGGCAGUGACAGAUACUCAGAGAAUUGAAAUCUAUGAAUUCUUCAUGUCAUGUACAAGGCUUGCUCUAUUUAAAUUGAAGCUGUCUGGAUUGUUUUCUUCCUGAGAUCUUCGAAUUCUUGGCUUCAAGGUUUCUGUUUUGAUUGUAAAAUUGGAUAGCACAAAUAGUAAUUUACAGGUAGAAAAUGUAACGUAUCAUUGUGGUUAAAGGGUUCUGACUACAGCAUUAUGUUUAUAUUAACUGAAUCUACGACUUUCUCUUAAAAGCUUUAAGACAUCAAAGAAUCAAAGCUGGAAAUAAACUUUUCCAGGUUCAAGA